GAUGUAUUCUUUGUUAACUGUUUUGUGAGAAUGUGUUUAUAAACGUGAAUGUGUGUGUAGUACAGAGCGUCGAUGGCGGAAUCAAGUACCCCAUCGACCUUCUAUUCGAUUAGUUAGUGUACUUGUAAUGUUUAUAAGUGUGAAGGAUGAUGAGGAAUAUCGAUUAUUCCUUCAUCUUACAGUAAGUGUAAAUAAGAAAUAAUGUAUUUAAAAAUGAGUGAAAAAGUGAGUGUGUUUAGGUUAAAACUGCAAGGGAUGGGGUGAAAUGACUUUGAGAGGGAUGGAUUCCAACCUCAAUGGUAGAGAUUCGACCCUGAACAUCAAGCUACCGGAGUGAUAGGUGAUUGGCAAGCCGCGAGAAGACGUAGGUUCGAUUAUACUUUAAAAAAAGCGGUACAAUAGCAAAGGUGAAGUGCUUUAAAUUGGAAUUUAAGUUCAUGCAACCAAGUCCACAGGUUUUGGACAGUCAAGCAGAUGUUUUGUGACUCUCCGAUAGAUCAAAAGAGAGGGCCUUUUGAAUACUUUUGCAAUUAAUGCUCAUGUUUUUUCCUUCAAACACCGCCUGGAGUGAAUUGCUUUGUUUGAUUUUCCGCCUUUGUCCCUAAAUGACUUUUCAUUUUACUUCCUGUCUGCCUGUAAGUUAUUGUAUACAUGGUAAGUCUGUAAGUCUGAAUAAUAAGGUUAAGUCAUUCCUUACAUAAACGUUUAUGUGGUUACAUAGUUAUGCAAUAUAGAAUUGGACCUGGAAAAGACUAGUAGUCGUAUCAGAAAAAAAUUGGAAAAAUUGAAAGCCGAAACUGCAAAACAACACGGCUAAUGGCCUGAAAGAGAUUGUUGAAAUUAGGUUGAUUAGACGUGCUGGAAUUUCCCUGAUAUAUAAAAUUCUCUCAAACAACUUCCACUCGUGUCGAGAUGCUAUUGCUGGUCCUGUUGUUCUCCUGUUCUGUCAUUUCAGUGAAAUUGCCCGUCCACUGGCCGAAAUGCUUGCAUGGGGCAGGAAUGAACGAGUGCUUGAAAAACGCGAUGCAACUCGCAAUCAAAGACUUAGCGAACGGCAGUAAAUCUUUGGGUGUGCCACCGCUUGACCCUUGGCCAUACACAAAAUUGGAGUACAGUCAAAAACACAAGCCAGUGGCUUUGUAUGCUGUCGCUUCUGACUCUGAAACAACUGGAUUAAGAAACUCAACCAUCCAUUCAGUCUGGACGGAUUGGGAAAAAAUGGAAAUCCAAAUGAGCUCGCCUCGUAUAAAGAUAAAAGGAAACUAUUUGAUUAAUGGAACUUUGAUAUUUUUCCCUUUAUCAGGACAAGGGGAAUACUCGGUUGUUUUUGAGGGCUUCAAAGCUGAAAUAAAAAUGCUUUUCGAAAAAUACAGAAAAUCGGGACACGAGUACAUCAGGGUGAAGCGAGCAAUGUUUCACCCUGACGCUGAAAACGUUUCGGUCCAUAUGACUGGCUUGUUCAACGGCAAUAAAGUCCUCAGCGAGAGGACGAUCGCACUGAUCAACAAAAACUGGAAGUUCAUACUGGUCACGGUGGCUCCGUUAGUAUCUGAGACGUCUGCAAUUCCUAUCGUUGACGUCUGCAACAGCAUUUUUUCCAGGGUUCCAGUAAGAGAGUUCAUACCGGAGAAAAAGCUAUACUAAAAAGAUCGCAUUACACGUUUAUAUAUAUCCUGUAUAAAUAAAUCCUCUGUGACUGUUUCUUGUGAAUUCACUUUUUCUUCAUGUUACAUGUUACAUCUAGUAAAGUAUUUUUCUUUGAUACUUACAAAAUUAAAUUU